CAGCUACAAGACAUCACAUCUCAACUGCUCUUAAAAGACAAAGAUGUCCAACAUGGAACAUGUGUCAGAACCAGAGGUGAGGAUUGUGCUCUUUGGAAGGACCGGAGUUGGGAAGAGUUCAUCAGGGAACAGGAUCCUUGGGCAAGACAUUUUUCCUGUUAAUCAGAGUUUUAAUUCUGUGACACAAGACUGCCAGAGGGAGAUAAGAAAGCUUGGUGAUGAUUCUGGAGAAGCUCUGGCUGGAAAAACUCUGGCUAUUGUUGAUACUCCAGGUCUGUGUCACACCAAAAAAGAUCAUGAGUCGGUGAUGGAAGAAAUCCUAAAUUGCAUCACGUUGAUUCAACCUGGUCCUCAUGUGUUCCUGUUUGUGGUGGACCUGAGUGAGUUCUCACAAGACGACGAAGACACUCUGGAAAACUUCAAGAAAGUCUUCGAAAAAUCAAAAAGUCACACGAUCGUCUUGUUCACCCAUUGUCAAGAUAAACGUGACAUUAAGAAGUUCUUGGAACAAUCCCGAAAUAAAAGUCUCAGUGACUACAUCAAGCUUGGUGUGGACCACCAAGCCUUCGACAACAAGGCCGAGAAUAAUCAAGUGACCGAGCUGCUGGAGAAGAUCAACAAGUUGGUCAAUAAAAAUGGAGGAAAAUACUGUGAAGGUGCAGUGUUUGAAAAGGCUAAAACUGCCUUUGAAGAAAUGCAAAAGUGCAAGUUACUUGACAGCUCACUCGAUGUUUCAGUGCAGUUGAGGCAGUGGUACCAUAAGGGCGUAGAUGAGUUGGAGAAACACUGUCCAUUUGUGAAAUCUUACAUUGAUUUUGUGGUGAAGCUAGCUUAUGAAUGCAUGCCACCUGAAGCUAAGCAGUAGAAGCUAAGUAGCUGGAGUACUAAAAACACAUGACACAGGGAAAAUCAUAGUCAUGCAAAUGUGUAAAUUUCAUGUAAUUUUUUAGUUUUCUUCUUUUUCACAGACGAAAUCCUAAAGACUUCACUGUUAUCAAAAUGUAUAAACUGUAUAAACUUUGCUACAGUCAUGUUUAGUGGACAGUUAAUAUAUGGAUCAUUAUUCAACAUUGUUUGUUGCAUGAAUAAAAUAACGGUCCUCUUUCAGUAGAAAAGCUUACGUGGUUAUACUGCUACAAAAACUCUCAAGGAGGGGUCAGACUGCAUGUUUCAACCAGUCCUCCAACCUGAUCAACCAUGCAGGUUCUCAACCCUCUGUUAUGACCCAUAGCAGUGUCUCCUGAAAGAGCACCCCUGCGCUGGCAGGCGUACCGGACCUUGGUUGUCAUGGUUACAAUAAUUAUAAUCUCUCUGUAUGAUUUACUGCAAACCUUUGACUGAAUCCUGUUGUAAACUACACUUACUGUGUGCUGAAAACUCUUUAAAUGAUUCUUUUACAGAUGUGUGUUUGUGAUGAGAAAUCUUUUAAUCAGAUGUUUUUGAUUUACACAUUUGUGUUUUCAUUAUUAUCAACAAAUAUCCUGAGUCUCUAUAUACUUGUUCAUGUAUUUACUUGUAAUCAACAUGUGUGGUGUGGUGAUGGUUUAUUAUUGAUUUGAUUUUGAUGGGCUGAGUUAGAAAUCCAAUUCAUUCCCUGUGCAUCCCUGGUAUGUUACCUAUGUUGCAUCACAUGAUUA